AGCACUUAGGCACUUACCACGCUUACCACUACAUCACACUUUUGCUGAUCAUUACCGAUAAUGAAUAAUCGUUUAAGCGUGCAUAUGGGUAAAAAUUGUCCUUGUGCAUUUCAGGUUGAACGAAAACGAAGUGUAUGUAUAAAAUGCAGAUAGAAAGUGAGGAAGACUGCUUACGACCCAUGAACUGUCAGUUAAACGUUUUAAGCAGGUCAGAUGGUUCUGCAAUGUUUACGCAAGGAGAUACCGCAGUUGUGACUGCAGUAUUUGGACCUGCUGAAGUGAAACCACAGCGCAUAUUAAUAGAUAAAGCAAGUGUUGAAGCACUUUAUCGUCCUAAAACGGGCCUGCCACGUGUGCAUGACAAGAUGCGGGAAACACUGAUUCGAAAUACAUGUAGCACUGCUCUGCUCGUUACUCUUCAUCCAAGAACAUCGAUAUCAAUCAUAGUACAAGAGAUGCAAGAUUCAGGUGGAUUAUUGGCAUGUGCAGUCAAUGCAGCUUGUCUUGCACUCAUCAAUUCUGGGAUUGCAAUGAAGUUCUUAGUUGCUGCUGUAAGCUGCAUGAUUGAUCAUGAAGACAAUAUUCUUAUUGAUCCAAACAGCAAACAGCUUAAGGGCAGCAAGGCAAGUUUGACAUUUGUAUUUGAUAGUAUUAAGAAGAACAUUAUGGCCUGCCACACAACUGGAAGAUUCACCCAGCUCCAAUAUGAAGAAAGUCUUUUGAAAUGCAGAAAUGGGAGUGAUAAGAUUUUCAGUUUCUAUAGAGAGAUAGUCAGGAAAGUGCAUCAAGAACAUGACAGGAUGUCUCCAACAUGCAGAACAUGACGCACACAAAAGUGAUGAUCUUUGUUGUCAUUUUUUUUUUCAUUUAUGUCUCAUUUGAUAUGUACGGCCUUAAAAACUAUUUCAUGUUUAAAAACGAUAUAAUGGUACAUUAUGAUUCAUUAAAAUUACUUUGAUUUAUAUUUGAAGGUAUAAUUAUAACAUUAAAUUUCAGUCAGUCUGUGUGCAGUCUCAUAUCAUGCAUGAACAGAGUCACCAUUUUUUUCACACUUAGCGAAUAUGUUUUUUCUCAUAUGUUCAGUAAAUAAUUUUAUGGUGCCCCUGUUCUCCAAGGAUGAGGCACUAUCCUGUUGCACGUUCAUUUACGACUGUCCAUCUCUCAUCCAUUUUUUGGAUGUGCACUUUCCAAUUCUCUUUAUCUUUGAUAUUUUGGUGAAGUAAACUCUCAGUUAUUUCUUGAUAUCUUAAGUUCCUAUUCUAUUUUACUGCAACCCAUUUCGGAUUUCUAAAAAUGUUGUAUCAGCUGCUUUUAUUGUCAACGAGGUCUUUAGUUUCCAUGGUCCAGAAUUCACUGCCAUAUUUUUGUUAAAUUAAAACAUCCGUAUGAUCCUACCAUGAUAAAACUGACUUGUCCAAUU